GUGCAUUUCACACUUAACAACAAUAAUAAUGUAUGCUCUACAUCCAUACUAUGUAUAUAUGUAUGUGUACAUAAGCACAUAUGAGAUUCCAUUCUCAGUGUGAGCGGUCAAGUGAAAGUAUCUGACAAUCAGUCUGUGUAUGACUUUUGAGAAAUAAACAAGAGAAAAUAAAUAAAAUAAAAACUUUAUCAAAAUCCAAACAAAUUAAUUAAUUAAAAUUAAAGUAUUAUAAAACAGCAAAUCUACUUAGCACAAUGGAUUACACACCAACUCCUACUGUAUUUCCCGCUGCCCCCUUUGACGCCUCUGCUGAUGCGCAAGCUUUACGCACCGCCAUGAAAGGUUUUGGUACAGAUGAAGAGGAAAUUAUUAACAUACUUACUGCCCGCACGAAUGCCCAACGACAACAAAUCAAAGCGCGAUUCGAGGCCGAUUUCGGACGCGACUUAAUUAAGGAUUUAAAAAGUGAAUUGGGUGGAAAAUUUGAAGAUGUAAUCGUGGCCUUAAUGACACCACCUGUGGAGUAUUUAUGUAAGCAGUUGCACGAUGCCAUGGCUGGCAUGGGUACCGAUGAGGAGACACUUGUCGAAAUACUCUGUACAAAAACCAAUGAAGAAAUGAAGGAAAUCGUUGCGGCUUAUGAAGCCAAAUAUGAUCGACCGUUGGCGGAGCAAAUGUGCAGUGAAACUUCUGGUUUCUUUCGACGCCUGCUAACAUUGAUUGUUACAGGCGUACGAGAUCCCGUGGGCAGCGUUGAUGCAGCUAAGGCGCAUGAAGAGGCCGAAGCACUAUAUGCAGCUGGUGAGGGUAUGCUGGGCACCGAUGAAGCUGUCUUCAAUCGCAUUAUGUCGCACAGCAGCUUUGCUCAAUUACGACUUAUUUUUGAUGAGUAUAAACAACUUUCGGGCCAGACUAUUGAGCAAGCGAUAAAACAUGAGAUGAGUGGAGCCUUACACGAUGCUAUGAUUGCGAUUAUUGAAUGCGUUCAGUCACCUGCUGCCUUUUUCGCCAAUCGUUUAUAUCAUGCCAUGCAAGGUAUGGGCACAAAUGAUGACGCUGUAAUUCGCAUAAUUGUCAGUCGUUCUGAAAUCGAUUUGGGUAAUAUCAAAGAUGAAUUUGAGCGGAUUUACAAUCGUACUUUAUACAGUGCUGUUGUGUCCGAAACAUCUGGUGAUUACAAGAAAGCCUUGACUGCUCUUCUGGGUGGCGCUUAAGUAUUUUGCAGUAUUUGCUCUUGAAUUCUUGUAUCAAUAUAUAUUUUUAAUGGAUUUGUGUUGUUAUAAUAAUAAUAUAGCACAUGUGUAGUGAGUACUAUUGUACACAUGAUUUAUAUGUUUCAACAAAAUAAAUGUAUAAAUAAAAAAAAG